UGGACACGGCCUCCCCUUAAAAUCCAGGGGAAUCUAGGUAUUGGAUAGGUGUAAAACCUAAACACAUAGUGGGGUUACUCGUGAGGGAUAUGUGCCUCAAGGGGGUUACACAAAGGUAAUUAGGGAUCGUUCCACUUUUCAUCAUAACUGACUCGCUUUUCGCACGGGAUCUAAGUAAUUAAAGUACACAUUAUCAUUUGGUAAGGUAUCUAUAAUUCAAGGUUUGACAUCUGGUUUGGAUAUUACAUCUGUGAGGAAUAUCCUGGUGAGUUUUGGAUUUAUUACAUUUUGUGGGAAACUACCUGGGGGAGCUUUUGGAUAUUUUAAAAACAUUUUCCGCCUAAAUAUGGGAUCUAACCGUGAUUUUUAGUUGGAAUCGCUUGAAACUGGAAGUAAAGUCCUACUAUCAAGGAAGUAAGUCCCUAUUAUGAAGGAUGUACUUUUGAAAAAUCUAUUCAGGCAACACAUCACUUCAAGGAUUUCCCAUCUCGGGUUGUCAAUUGCUUUUUCCUCUUGGCAACAGCUGAUGGUUGGACUACUUUUACCAUUUUUUGCACCUGUGGAUACGUCCUGUUCUGGAUUAAAGUUUUGAACAAGCGGAUGGAAGAACUUGUUAACGUUACACAAGAAAGACCAAUGUAGUGCAUAUGUCCUAGGCUAUCUCAGUCAUUUUAGGAGAUUAACCAUAUAUGUAUACACUAAACACGCUUUGUCCCAAAUAUGGAAGCUAUUCCAAGAAGACUUUGCAAGAACACUGAGGAUCCAACCAACCCACCACCAAUGUUUGUGGAGCUUUUCUUGUUUUGGAUUGAUGGCCAAGAAGACACAUGAAGACCGCAUAGUUGGGAUGUACCCUCCAGGAUUUAUGCAAUACCGGUUCCCCGUGUUGGAUGUACUGAUGUGGACCCUAGUAUGGAUAGGUGUAGCUGCCAUUCAUUUGGAUUACUCGAGUGUGGAUGUAGCUGCGUGAGGUCUCAGUGAGGAGAAGAAGUAUGUUACAGAGAGCUGAAGACAACCUUUAUCAAAGUAACUUGAAAUGUUGCUACAAAAAGAUGAAGCCUUCCAGUACGAGCGCCUCAGAAGAUCCAUGGAUUGUGGAAUUAUGUCGUGCCUACGAACCCAUGAGGAUUUAAUGUGCUGUGAUCAUAGUGUCUGCAAGUCUACAAGCUUGUUUGAUGUUAAACUACUUGAUAUUCACCAGUGGAAUACAUUUUUUACUUAGUUUUUUUACUUAUGUAAAGUCUAACUUUUGGAACCUACUACUUCCUCAUACGACAAGACAAGACUGAUCCAGCUGGAUGUAUUUUCCAUUCGGGCACCAACUAACUUGUAUAGUCAACCUGGAAUGCGCUGAAAUACCCUGAAGUUCAUCAUCUUUUUUUUAAAAUCCAUAUUUAUUUAUUAAGGUCUUAUGUUCCUAUAGUUUUUUUUAAACCCAUGUCCUGAAAUCCAUAAAGAGGUCCAUUUCUGUGAUUGUUUUUUUUUUUCCCUUUUUCCAUCCAGUGAAGAGAAAUAAGUAGCCUAACUGUGGAUUAUACAUCAACAAUCUACUGGCCUGGUGCUCCACAGUAUUUGAAGAUAACGUGCAGUGCGAUUCAAGAGAACCGUUUUUGCCUAAUUAGAUCAAUUGAUUUUUCCCCUUGGUUUUUCAUUCGGGCUCUCACAUUCUGACCACCUAGAUUUUAUUUGGAUUAGUUUCGGUAACUUCUUUUCCAAAAGUAGCUCAGAAAGCCGUGAACGUGCAUAUGAUCACAGCCCAUAUGGACACCAUGACCGCAGUGGCACUUUUGACAGACAGCGUCACUACAACGCAGAUUAUUACAGAGAUCGUUCUAUGUUUGCUGCUGCUGGCCCAGGGAGCAGCGCUAUUGGGGGAAGCUUUGAGGCAUCUGACCCACAUUUUGACUCUAGAAUUCGAGACCCUUUCACUCUUACUAAUUCUACACGACGUGACCUAUACAGAGAUGACAGAGGACGGCGUGUUGAUAGAACCUACCAUCACCGUCGGAGCCGAUCAUCUCAUUCCUCACAGUCAAGGCACCCUUCCCCACAACGGACCACAGGACAAACCCCCAAAACUCCUCAUUCCCCAAAAAGAGCUCCUUUGUCCCCUGGGAGAGGCCCACGAUCUCGAUCCCGCAGCAGAUCUUCAAGCUCUGAUUCUGUCAGCAGCACCAGCAGCACGGGCAGCGGCAGCGACUCAAACAGCAGCUCAAGUGAUGGGUCUCGGGCACGCUCUGUUCAGUCGUCAGCUACACACGCACCUACUCAGUCUUCUAUGGUGCUUGACUCAGAGGAGCCACGCCGAAGCUUUGGAAUUAAAGUGCAAAACUUACCAGUGCGCUCAACAGACACAAGUUUAAAAGAUGGACUUUUCCAUGAAUUCAAGAAACAUGGCAAAGUGACCUCAGUGCAGAUCCAUGGAGCAUCAGAAGACCGCUAUGGGUUGGUGUUCUUUAGACAGCAAGAGGAUCAAGAGAAAGCCCUCACUGUGUCCAAAGGAAAGCUGUUCUUUGGCAUGCUUAUUGAAGUCACUGCCUGGAAUGGUCCUGAAACAGAGAGUGAAAAUGAGUUCCGGCCAUUGGAUGGGCGAAUAGAUGAGUUUCACCCAAAGGCCACACGGACACUGUUUAUAGGCAAUCUUGAGAAGACCACCAGUUACCAACAACUUCUUGACAUUUUUCAGCGCUUUGGAGAAAUUGUGGACAUUGACAUCAAGAAAGUAAAUGGAGUUCCCCAGUAUGCCUUUGUGCAGUACUCUGAUAUUGCCAGUGUCUGCAAGGCCAUUAAGAAGAUGGAUGGAGAGUAUCUGGGGAGCAACAGACUAAAACUUGGGUUUGGGAAAAGUAUGCCCACAACGUGUGUGUGGCUAGAUGGAUUGGCAACCAGUAUUACAGAACAAUACCUCACACGGCAUUUCUGCCGCUAUGGCCAUGUAGUUAAGGUUGUGUUUGAUAGAUUGAAGGGCAUGGCCCUCGUCUUGUACAACAACACAGAUUUUGCUCAGGCUGCUGUAAGGGAGACCAAAGGUUGGAAGAUUGGUGGCAAUAAAAUAAAGGUGGAUUUUGCAAGUCAAGAGAGUCAGAUGGCAUUCUACCGAUCAAUGCAGGCAUCUGGUCAAGAAAGAGACUUCUAUGAAAUCCCCCCUGAACGACGAGAGGAGCGCAGACCUCCAUACCAUGAAUUUACAGCAGAAAGGGCUUACUAUGAGAAUAUACGAACCCCUGGUCUCUAUCCAGAGGAUGCUCGAAGAGACUAUGCUGCUCGCAGCAGAGAACGUUUUCCUGAACUGGAACACUAUCAGGGGGAUCACUUUGACCCACGUUAUCAUGAAGACCCAAGAGAGUACAGGGACUACAGAGACCCCUUUGAGCAAGACAUCCGAAAAUACACAUAUAUUCAAAGGGAGCGAGAAAGAGAGCGAGAACGUUUUGAGGCUGACCGCAGCAGAUGGAGCCCUUCCCAUCCAAGGCGACCUGUUACUCCUACAGUAUCACCUUCACCAUCUGAGCGUGCUCCCAGAGACUCAGAACGACGGGUUUACAGCCAGUCCUCUGAGCGAAGUGGUAGUGUGAGCUCAAUGUCACCACCACACUUUGACAAAUCUGAGAAGACCCUGCCGGAACAUGCUUCAAAGAGUGACAAGAGUGAGAAGAGCAGUCAACCAGAUCGUGUGGCAGGUGCUGAGAAAACCAAACGUGCAAAACGAAAAGAGAAAGGUGACAAAGACAAAGCUGAUAAGAUUAAAUCUAGGAAAGCAAAGGGACAAUCCCCAUCCAACCCACUACCUGAAGCAGAGCUUGAGACAGGUUUUGAUGGAGGGUCUGGAAGAGGACGGGGAUCAGACCAAGAUGCUCAUGAGAGGCAGAAAUGUAAGGUAGAUGGUGACUCUCUUGCAGGAAACCAGUUGUCAACCGCUCAUCAUGACCCUGUAAAAAGUGAAAGAUCUGAAAUGAGUAAAGGUGAGAAUUCAGACAUGGAAGGAAAAAGUCGACCGAAGAAACAUCUGAAGUCUGACAUUGGAAAUGACGGGAAAGAUUCAUCAGUGGAUUCAGAUCGCCUUGCUGCAAGAAAAAGGCGUUUUGCUGAUUCCAGUGGAAGGACUAUUCGUCAAAAAAGAAGCAGGCAUGAGGGGGAGGAUGGUAUUCCAACCUCUGACUUAAGUGCUAGUGCCACAUAUUUGAAAGAGUCAGACACUGACAAACAAAAAGAUUCACAACGGAGAGAUUCAAGACUCAAAACUGAUAAGAGCGGCGCUCAGAAGGAUGGUCAAGAGGACCUUAGAGGACAAAGAGAGAAAUCAGAGGGAUCUUUGGACCCACUGGAGUCAAAACGACAUCCAGGGCAUGCUUCAUCCAGAAGGUUUUCACAUGAGGGGCCUACAGAACAAAGCAGUAUAAGAGAACAUGAACACCUUCCUGCUUUCAAAUUUGGUACUCAGAGUGCGGACACUGACAAAAGUGCUAAGACCAAGGAAGACCAUGUUGACAUUGACCUCUCUCAGAGUUACCGCAAGCAAAUGGAGCAAAAUAGACGGCUUCACCAGCAGCAACAGCAGCGCGAGUCUGACAAACCUGACAAACCAGGAAGUCCCCAAGGAAGUGAAACAGAGGACUUGGAACAUCGCAGUCUUGUGCAUGAGGUUGGCAAACCACCAGAGGAUGUCACAGAUAAUUUCCCAUCUCACAAACUAAAGAAACUAGACCAGUUUGACACUGACUCUGUGAUUAAAAGGGAGCGUGUUUACCGGAGCUUCAGGCAAAAAAGUGAAGAGCCUGACUGGAACAACACUUCCUCUCCAGGACAUCAGCACUUCUCUCACCUUGCAGAUGCAGACUUUGUGGAUCAUUCCCAGAAAGAGUUAAGCAGAAAUGAGGAGAAAAUUCACCCAGAUCUGGAGCUAUUAGUCAAAAGGACGCAUAACACACAGGUAAACAAGCCAAACACUCCUAUACUUAGUGUGGAAGAAGAGCAACAAAAGAGAUGGGAGAGCAGAGUUAAACAAGACUUGUUGCCUGACCUGAACUUUUCUAGAAGUCUUAGUAAGAACAUUCACAAGCGUUUGGAAUAUGGUAUUUGGCAUGACUUGGAGCCUGGGGAAGUACGAUCUGACCCUGAGGAGGACAGAGAGACCAAACCCCACUCUCCUGUUCCUUCAACAUCUAUGCCUUUUCCCGAGAGGCCAAGGGUUGACAGGUUUUCAGACCCCAAAUUAGCACAUCUUGAAAGGAACAAAUUCUACUCCUUUGCACUUGACCAGACCAUCACACCUGAUACAAAGGCUCUGCUCGAACGUGCAAAAUCUCUCUCAUCUUCCAGAGAAGAUAAUUGGUCGUUUUUAGAUUAUGAUUCGCAUUUUGCAAGUUUUCGCAACAGAAAGGAUACUGAGAAGGUAGAAUCAGCACCACGACCUACACCCUCCUGGUACAUGAAAAAGAAAAAGAUACGAAGUGGAUCUGAAGAUAAACUUGAUGACAGGAAGGAGGAGCCUAAGCCAGAGGAACAUGAACGCAGGGAACUAUUUGCCUCCCGCUUCCUUCACAGCCCUGUCUUUGAGCUGGACUCUAAACGACUUCAACACUUGGAACGCAAACAUGAAGAACCUGAGCACACACAAAACCAACUACCUGGUCAGCAGGGGACAGUAGAAGGUGAACUUGACUCAGGGCCAGUUGUCCUUUUUCAUAGUCGUUUUUUGGAACUCAGGCGACUAGAACAACAGAAAAAUAAAACCCAACAGCUGGAAGAGGUAAAAGGAGACACACUGCUCACGGAUGAGAAUAAAGUGGAAAAAGCACCUGAUCAAGAGAAACCAGCUUUGCAGUCACCUGAAACAACGGACUCCAUCAUGGAACCAGAAAUUAAACCCGUCAGUCCUGCUGAAGAGUUGAUUUCUGAACCCCGACUCACACCUACUUCUGUUACCCAAUCUGUGGUCAAGGACUUUCCUUCAUUAGAAGAGAAAUGUAUUGCAUUAAAUCCAGCCCCUGACCCUCCUCCCCCUGGGUCUUUCAUAAAGGAAGUGGUUAAGGAACAGGUGAAAGAAAAUGAACCUGUUGAACCUGUGCACCACCCACCAACUGAGACGUUGUCUGAUCCUGAAACUGCACCAAUAGCAGCACCCGAACCCAGUUACUCAGUGGAUAGAUGUAAACUUUCUCCAUCUGAAGGGAAAUUGGAUGUUGUUACUGAGGAUGUAAAACCUCUCUCUACAGAAAAACCAUGCCGUCGCGAUUCUCAGGAUGAGUUUGUUAGCAUUUCAGAAGCAGAGCUGGAUCCUGAGACAACACAACCUGAAGUGCCUGAAGCCACUAGUCCCAUAGUACCUAGUCUUGAAGAGGAAGUGGAUAUAGACAAGAAAGAGACCCAUUUCACUUGUCAAGCAGUAGCAGAACCUGAGGGAGAGAAGAAACUCCAAGUUAGUAAAGUGCAACUGCCUAUUGAUGAUGACACAAAUGACGAACCAGUUUCGCCACAGAAGGAGCAUAAAACAAAAGAAAUGAAAAAUAAAAAGUUCAAACAAUCCCCUGCUCAAGUUAGCCCGGUUCCUGUAAUGUCGACUCCUGGAUCUGAGAAACAAGCAAUACGCAAGAGUGAGCGCAUUGACAAAGAGAAGCUGAAACGUGGAUCAUCCCCAAGAGCUGAAUCCAAGUCCACAAGCAAAUCUCCUAGUCAUGGAUCAGAUCCUGAUAUGUUCGAGCAGAGCAUAUCAAUAGGCAGAGCAAGACGAAGAAAUGUUAAAUCUGUGUAUGCCACCCCAGUAGAAGAUGAUGCACCAGUUCGUUCUGCAAAGGAAAUGUCACCACGUUCUGCACGAAAGCGAGGUACAGACAAAGAUGCAACACAACAACUAAAUAUUGAACAGGACCCACCUGCUCCAACCCCUGUAAUAAUAAAUAAAAGGGGCCGCCCUCCCAAGAAUCGUAGACAAGGUGACGAGAGUUCAACAGUUAAAGUAGAAAAAUCAAAAAUGGAUAAUAAAGAUACAGAUUCAAAUGAAUCAGAAAGUGGUGAACGACUUCCAAGAUUGUCAAAAGGGAAAACAUCCCCCCAUGGUACAAAGAGUUCAUCAAAUCAGAUGUCCACAGUAUUAGGACAUGGAUCAUCAAGGAAGGGAGAAAAGGCGGAGCUGGCUGAGGAUGAUGAUCAGGAAAUGGACUUCACAGAUGAAGAUUCCUUGGCUUUGCAAGACUCAUCAAGUUCAUGUAAAGAAGAUCCAUCAAUAAAAGCUGACCAAAAGAAAGAGGAGAAAGACAAACAAGGAAGAGAAUUGGGCAGAGAUAAAGAUGUUGUCCUUGAAAAGGCUUGUGAGGGUAAAUCAAAUGGGAAAGACGCAGAUUCCCCAGUCUUAGAAGAGAAAUCAACCUUGGAAAAAGACAGGACUGUUAGAGGAAAAGCCAAGUUCCCAAGGACCCCUAAGUCUCCUGUCCUCAAGAACCUAAAAAUCAGACUAAAUGUCACAGAGGUGAAAGAUCUUCUUCAGUUAGGAGAUGAUGAGCUUGGGAAUCAAGAUGAUCUUUCAAAAAAGUUAAGACCCGGUGAGCACAGUGAUCAUGUUUCGAAAUGCACUAAUGCAAACAGAGGAGGCUCCAUCAGUGAAGAAACAGAAAAUUCCACUCUGGAAAAAAAGGACCUCCUGGAGGCACCCAAAAGCUUAAUUUCACAGGAGCUUGAAUUGGAGCAGGCUGUGGAGAACAUUGCUAAACUUACAGAUCCAGCUUUUCCAGCAGAACCAACGACGCCACCUGUCCCACCGGCAGAAGUAAAAAGUGACCUAGAGGAAGAAAAACCUUCUAAUCCUGCUAGCGAGACAGAACUCAUAGCUGCUAUUGACUCGAUAACUGCUGAGGAAGCAACUGCAUCCUUAACCCAACCUCCUCCACCAAGUGUAGAAGCAGGUUCAGAAUCAGAGGCGCAAGACUUCAUUCAGCCUCCCAAAGAGGGUGAACCUGAAACCACUGCACCUGCGAUACAGGAGGAGGCUGUCUUUCCAACCACACCAAAAAAAGGUACCAAGGGAAAACCUAAAACACCUAAACGUUCUAAAGGCCAAAAGCAAGUAAGAAAAGAUUUAAAGGAAGGACAUUCAGUAAGUGAGGAAUUGACAUCUUCUUCAGCAGAUGGCACAGCUUCCAGUGUAAAGAUUAUUCCUGAAACAACUCCAUCAGCAGCAACUGCUGCGGUCAUUACUCCUACUUCUAAUACUUGGAAGCCAGAAUCUGAGCCUUCAGCUGUCAUAGCUACAGACAUAAUCGCUGAGUCAGAGUCAUCUUCUGAAGAACACAUUCAACAUCUUAAAUCUAUUAACCCCCAGUCUAAGAGUCCAAUAUGCCUGAAGCCUCAACAGGUGCCACCUGAGUGCAUUUCCCCUUCCCAGUCUCCACUAGCUAACAGGCCAAAUAUGAGACCCAUUCAACCAACCCAUCAAACAGUUAGAAUUCCUGUUUCUCCACCAGAUUGGCGCCACCAGUCUAAAGAUACAGGAGUCUCCUCUUCACCUGUCAUGCCGUUGGCAUCCAAGGAAAACCAGCCUUUACCCUCGGAGUCUGAAAACAUGGAUAUUGAUCAUGGCACAAGUGACUUAAGACAGAUUCUUAUGAAACACAAAAAUAUGUCACUGCCAGGAAGUAGUUCUAUUCCUAGUAAUCUGCUCACCUUGCGAGAUCAGAACCCAUCUGAAAGUAAUACUCCAUCAGCUGUUGUGCCAAACAAGUCCCCACUGCCUGAUAGUAGAAUGCCAGCUCAUCCAGUGCCAUCUGUUGUUCGACCUCCAACCUCACUACCAUCUCCUGAGACAAAGUCUGUGAUCUCUGUUAUUGCGUCCACUGGAACCUCUGUCAUCAGUCGUGUUUGCAACCCUCCUGAUUCUGAACUAAACAUGAACAUUGUAAAUCCCUGUGUGGACAUGGCUCUACCCAAACCGACCUAUAGGCCCAGCAAAGACGAUACUGGAUCAUACCAUGGGCAGUCUGUUGGUGAUGAGGGGGGCAGCGCUGCCCGCUUCAUUGUUGAGAGCCCCACUCUUGGUACAGGAGCUUGUCCAGGUCUCAGAGUAAAUACAUCUGAAGGAGUGGUAGUAUUGAGCCACUCAGGCCAGAAAACAGAGGGACCACAGAGGAUCAGUGCAAAAAUAAGUCAGAUCCCACAAGCAACUGCAGGUGACAUGGAAUCUCAGCAAUUGGUAUCCAUGCCCCAGAUAAAACCGGAUAUGUAUGGUCAUUCUCAUUCAGGACUUCAAAAGGGGCCUUCAUCGCAGACAGAUCAUGGGCAUCCUGGUAAGAUGCAGUCGACUUUGUCUUCCAUUAAACAGGAAAGCACUGUUUUGGAAAAGAUGGAAUCUGCCUACCAAUCUGGACCUCAAGGAGUAGUGAAGCGUCUCACACAGGGUAACCAGCAGGUAAUGAGUUACCAUCAAGAGUACAUGCCAAUAAAACAUCAAAAGAAAAUUGACAGUGCUGAUCCUCACAGUACAGAUGGCACUAAACCACCUUGGACCUCUGCUAUAAGUCCUGCAAUAAGCCCCCAUUUGCCCUCCCCACCUGGCAACCAUGUAGGUUUUGUAACAGCAGCUGGUGACCGAGCUCCCUCACAUAUCAGUGUGAAACAGGAACCACGUUCCCCUCGCAAGUCAGGUCACCCACAUUCUCCGUUUACUAAAGUUUCCUCACCCAUAGGCUCCUCAUCACCCAAAGGCAUACCUGUGAUGUUACCCACUGGCCUUCCUGCCAUGCAACAGUUUAUUACUGGUGUUCAUCACCCAGAACAGUCGGUUAUUAUGCCACCUCAUAGUGUGCCUGGAGGCUUGGGACGGAUGUCGCCUCACCGUGUUACCCAAUCAAUUCCAGUGGGGCAUCUUGUCCAAGGAGAUGUACGAGUCAAUACUCCACCUCAGUCUGUGAUGAGCUAUGGGAUGCAUAGUGAGCCUCUGGCCUCUCCCUGGUCUGGUCCCAUGCAGCCACGACCCACCUCACCCCAGGCUGUUGGUCGGGAGAAGGUUCUCAAGGUAAACCCUGGUUCUUUGAGGUGUCAUGAAGGGGAGCAAGAAGAAACCAGACGCUUCCACCAGGCGCCAGGACGACAGUCUGCCGCACCUUUAAAACCAGAGUCUAUGCAGUCAGAUCCUCGCGGGCCUCUGGGGAGUAACGUCCAGUUACAAACAUACAUGACACAAAGAGAUAUGCGUGUGCUCUUGCAGCAACAGGGAGAGCGUUUGGCCACAGAUCCUCAUUCUGGACACAUUCAAGAGACUCUUCCCACCUCUUCAGCGCCUUCCAACCUACCCCUAUCCUUGUCUCCAAGAGCACAUGUUUUGCCUAAAGGUGUGUCUGAGAAAGAUAUAACGAAGCCAUUGGAGGCAAAGAGGCCACACUCUCCUCUUUCUAAAGAUGGAAUGAUGGGGAUCCGACAAUCUGGGCAAGCAAUGGCCUCUCCCCAGAGAGUUCAGCUAAUAACACCAGGACCUAGUGGCUCAUUCCCAGAGUACUCAGGGAUGUACUCAAACCCAAGGGGCGUCCAUUCUCAAAUACCAGAGAUGUCUACUGUUGGACUUAACCAGCCACCACUGAGCGCAACACCAACCAUGGGUGCAGACCUCCAAACCAAACCAGAUGGCAAGAUGACGCAGCCAGUUAAUAUGGUGCAGUUGCUCACAAAAUACCCUAUUGUGUGGCAAGGCCUUCUGGCACUGAAGAAUGACACAGCUGCAGUCCAGUUGCAUUUUGUCUGUGGCAACAAAGCUUUGGCUCAUCGAUCACUGCCCCUACAAGAAGGAGGGGCAUUGCUCAGGAUUGUCCAGAGAAUGAGACUAGAGGCUUCGCAGCUGGACAGUGUAGCCCGAAGAAUGACCGGGGACAGUGAUUUCUGUCUUCUCCUUGCUCUGCCAUGUGGACGAGAUCAAGACGAUGUUCUAAACCAAACUCAAGCUCUUAAGGCCGCUUUCAUCAAUUACUUGCAGACAAAGUUGGCUGCUGGUAUCAUCAAUAUCCCCAACCCAGGUUCCAAUCAGCCUGCCUAUGUGCUACAGAUUUUCCCACCGUGCGAAUUUUCCGAGAGCCACUUAUCCCAGCUCGCCCCUGACCUUCUCAACAGGAUCUCCAGCAUCUCACCACACCUCAUGAUUGUCAUCACCUCUGUGUAACCUUCACUGCUGGGAACUGUCCCAUCGAUGGAUGUUCUUGCUGAUGAGCCUCAGGAAACCAGAGGAAUGAGAUUUUUCCUGGACACAAUGGGAAUGUGUAGGAUGAACCCUAUCGCCUUUUUGCUUCUUUCUUUUUUUUUUUUUUGUCACUCUGGUAUUUUUGUCCUUCUCAAAAGAACUCAGGGAUGGACCAAACCAGAAUCAGUCUUAUUUGACCAUUUCUCUGCUGUAUUUCUAUUUAUUGGAGUUUUUAUUUUAAUGUUUGGAGAUGCUCUGAAGAAAAAAAUCAGGAUGUUUGAUGAACAAGAAUAACUAUGUGGGUGGCCUUUUUUCUUUCAUCUGUCUUUUAUUGAUUGUCAUAUUCAUUUCUUCAUGAGAGAGGAUCAUAGAAGCUGUUGCACCACAAUGGCUUGAAAGACAUUUCAACAUAUAAUUUUAAAUGAUUAUGUACAGACUUCCUCACCCAGGCUUUCUUUAGAGGAGGAAGAAUUAACUUGUAAAACUAUGGAGACCCUGUAGAGGACCACGUUCGUUUAACAGUUUCUUUAAUUCCACCAGCUCUGCUCAUUUUCUCACACUACUGAAGCAGUUACACCUCUGGCACCUGCCUUUGCAUUGAACAAGCUACAGUAUGAUUUGGGAGUUUUUUUGAAUACAGGACUUUUGUAAAUAUUUUAAAUACUGUAUUUAAACUUUGACAAUGGAACUUGGAAAACUUGACAGAGACCUGAACUCUGGGACAUACCAGAACGCAGGGUGUGGAAAUUUAGAUGGAUAUCCUUGAUUUUUGGGUGUAAAUACUUGUAACACAAGAAGGUUGUCAAACUCUCCUGUGGAGUCUGCUGAUGGCACUUCAUAUUUUGUAACUCAAAUAAAAACAAACUCCAGAAAACUUGAA